UCUCUCUCUCUCUCUGUCUUACUCUUAUCAUCCCCCAUCUUCUCUCUCUUCCACUCUUUCUCUGUUGAUACAGAGGAAUGCAGUAUGUGGCAAGCUGUGGCUCCUUGGCUGUUGAUACUUGCGACUCUGCUCCGCGUAUCAGUGCAGGGUCCUCACCAGCGCUUUCUGCUCAGGGAGCUGCUGAGAGACUACAACCCCAUGGAGAGACCGGUGGCCAACGACUCUCAGACUCUCACUGUUCAGUUCUCCUUUACUCUGAUGCAGGUCAUGGAUGUGGAUGAAAAGAACCAGAUUCUCACCACGAAUGCCUGGCUGCAGAUGCAGUGGUACGACCACUACCUUCAGUGGAAUCAAUCAGAUUAUCCUGGAGUUAAAAACCUUCGUUUCACUCCUGAUCAAGUUUGGACGCCUGACAUAUUGCUUUACAACAGUGCUCAUGAUAAGUUUGAUGCCACCUUUAAGACCAAUGUGCUGGUUAACUCCAGUGGCUUCUGUGAGUAUCUGCCUCCAGGAAUAUUUAUCAGCACAUGUAACGUGGACGUGCGGUGGUUUCCAUUUGACAUCCAGCGCUGUGAACUGAAGUUUGGUUCCUGGACGUUUGAUGGCUGGCUGCUGGACAUUCAGAUGAAGGAGGCAGACGUGUCAGGGUACAUGCCCAAUGGAGAGUGGGACCUAGUGGAGGUCCCCGGAGGUCGUCAUGAGGUUUUUUACGACUGUUGUGCAGAGCCCUACCCCGAUAUAACCUUUGUGGUGACCUUACGAAGGAGGACCCUGUUCUACGCUCUCAACCUCCUCAUUCCCUGUGUGCUCCUUUCCUCCAUGACCCUUCUGGUCUUUCUGCUCCCUGCCAACUCUGGGGAGAAGAUCAGCCUGGGCAUCACGGUUUUACUUUCUCUGACUGUCUUCAUGUUGAUGGUUGCAGAGAUUAUGCCCGCCACUUCAGAUUCGGUACCACUGAUAGGUCAGUACUUUGCAAGCACCAUGGUGAUUGUAGGGAUGUCAGUAGUAGCCACAGUCAUCGUCCUUCAGUUCCAUCACCACAAACCUGACAGUGGACACAUGCCGCGCUGGGUGCACUUGGUUCUGCUGCAGUGGGUCCCUUGGUUCCUGCGGAUGAAACGUCCAGGGGAGGGGGCGGACCCUACUCUUCCCCACAGCCAGGCAGACUGUCAAAGCAAGACCCUGUCCUCUCCUACCACCACCAUUACCACCACCACUAUCCACACCCCGGUGCCCUCCAUCCUCCCCCAGAGUCUCAACUCCCUGCAGGCCAGCCUGGCUCAGCUCAGCCACCCUCUGUCACACCCACCCCCUCACCGGCCCAACUCCCAAGCUGUUAUCCUCCCCAAUCCCUGCCACAGAGAUCCCAGCCCCAAUCCACAUCCCCAACCCAACGGCCAUCUGCCUUACAUGGGCUUCCACACCCUCCAGACCACUGUAGAACUGGAGCCAGUUCAGAGGAGCAGAGUCACCAGUUAUAGGAGGGCUAGCAGUGGACUUGGUGGAGGAGAUGGAGAAGGACCAGCAGCAGUAGGAGAAAGAGGACCAGCUGGAGAUACACCUAUCCAUCACCACCUACCAUCCGCCAGAUUUGGGAGUCCCCCACAGGAAACUCCAGAGCCUGACCCAUCAAUCACAUUCUCGGGACCCAGUGGCCUAGAAGCUGGGGCUGGAGCAGGGAGAACAGCUGCCAUGCAUACCCACAGAGGUGUGAUCCGAGGCGGAGCGGUGGACAACCAGCUGCAGGCUCUUCUUGUGGAGGUGCAGUUCUUAGUUGAACGUGUUCGUGAGCACGACCGGCAGCUCAGUCUGGCGGAGCAGUGGCAGUUUGCUGCAGCUGUCAUUGACCGCCUGUGUCUGGUUGGAUUCAGUGUUUUCAACAUCAUCUGUACCAUCGCUAUCCUCAUGGCUGCACCCAACUUUGGAGAAGCACUGUCAAAAGACUUCCUCUGAGAGAAGCGGUGAUGUUAAGGGAUGAUACAGAUAAGGAUUUGUUGGAAGCACAAUUGCUGUUAACAACACUGGGACAUAAAACAGCAAAUAUUCCCUAUUUAGGAAGCCGGAGUGAACUGUGACACAUUUACAUGAUUUCAGAAACACUACAAUGUGUUUUGUUCUCUUUCUGAUAGAUUAAACCUGAUCAUGCUCGGUUACUGUUCACACAUUCUUUCAAUAGGUUUUAUGGAUGUUUCACUGAUAUUUGGAUGAUGGUUCAUGGACUAAUUGACAAAAUCAUCAGUAAAUAUUUUGUGAGUGUAACAAUGAAGACAUUGUUUUUUUGAGUAGAUUUGUGAUUGAGGAUCCUAAAGAAAAAUCACCACAGACUUCUGUGUGAGAACCUGUAAGCAUGACUUGUGAAGUAUUUGUACUGCAGUCAUGGGACACAUCAUGAAGAUGCUCAGUAAAAAGCAACCUGGCACUAACUUGCUGCAUGUAAAAUGAUAGCUGAGCUCUAACACUCAAGCAGGAUUUGUUUAACAGUUAACAUGCUCAGAGUUACAUUAAAACUGGUUGGGUUUGUUCACUAAUACUCUUCAACUGAUUGUCAGUAGGGAGGCUCUGUGCUCUCUCGUGUGACACAUUUUCCCAAAUAUACUGCAGUAGAGCCAAAUCUAUUUUCUUUAGAAUUUCAAUUUUCAAUUUAAUUCACAGUUUUCUCAUGGUUUUCCUUUAAUAAGAUGUCCAAAGUCAUUGUGAUUAGUAUAUAGUUUUUCUUAUUCUAUAUGAAUACUGUCCUCCAGAGAUUGAAAACGGAAACAAAGAGUCUUAUCACAAUAAUAGAGAUGGGAUAUCAUCGAGGUAAUGGGAUGAUGACAUUGGCAAUUCAGUUCUCCAUCACCUUUAACAACAUGUUAGUUUCAUAUUACGCUGCAGUGACUGUUAUAAGGAAGAAAAUGUACUAACAUCCCCUAGAAAAAUAUCCAGUAUUUCUGCCAUAGGGAUCUUUUGUGUGUCAUUCACUUUCUAUAAAACUACACUGCAAUGAUGUGAUAUCUACAUACUCUUGUGUCUGAUUAUGGGAGACACUAGCGAAUGUCCAUACAGGUAGAACAAAUAUUUCAAAGCUCCAUUUUAUAUUCAUAAUGUGGAACACUAUAGUCUGUCUGUGCAGGCGUUAAUGAGGUUCAGACUGAAAAGAGAGAAAUCAUAGGUUAUGUCAGCUUCCAAAGAAUUUCAAGAGGGUUUUUAUCUUAUGGACAUACAUGCAGACCGCAACACACCCUCACUCAUCCACCCACACACUCAAAUACACGUGUAUGCAGAAAAAUACAAUCUCUAUGACCCAGGCUUUGAAUGUAAAUCAUGGCAUACAUUUACUCUGUCAGGUCGAGGAAGUGUUGGACGCUCGAAACGCCAAUAGGUUGUGACAGGCUAAGA